UUGGGACGCAUGCGUUGUUGGUUUGCAUUGCUUCCCUUACUGUCUGAGAAACGAUCAUUGCGGGGAAAGCAGGAGUAUCAUGUCAAGAUACGGACGGUACGGAGGAGAAACCAAGGUUUAUGUUGGUAACCUUGGAACAGGUGCGGGGAAAGGAGAACUAGAGCGAGCAUUCAGUUAUUAUGGACCAUUGAGAACUGUAUGGAUUGCUAGGAAUCCUCCAGGGUUUGCCUUUGUGGAGUUUGAAGAUCCCAGAGAUGCAGAAGAUGCUGUCCGUGGACUGGAUGGCAAGGUAAUUUGUGGCUCUCGGGUUCGAGUUGAAUUGUCUACAGGGAUGCCAAGGCGAUCUCGAUAUGACAGGCCCCCGGCCCGUCGCCCAUUUGACCCCAAUGACAGGUGCUAUGAAUGUGGCGACAAGGGCCAUUAUGCCUACGACUGCCAUCGAUAUAGCCGUCGACGAAGGAGCAGGUCCAGAUCUAGGUCUCAUUCAAGAUCCAGAGGGAGGAGAUACACUCGCUCACGCAGUAGAAGCCGUGGCAGGAGAUCUAGAUCUUUUUCCCCACGCAGAUCAAGAUCAUUUUCUCCAAGGAGAUCUAGAUCAGCAUCUAAAAGAUCCAGGUCUAGAUCAAGAUCUAGAUCCCGGUCCAGAUCGGUUUCACGCCCAAGGAGCAGAUCUGGCACUGUGGCAAGAUCAAAAUCUGGCUCUCAAGCCAGGAGCCAGUCAAAAUCUAGAACAUCACCUCCAAAGCAAAGGCGCUCGCCAUCAGGAAGUCCCCGCAGGAGUGAAACCCCUGAAAGAGAUGACUAAACGUUUUAUAAAACCAAAUCUUUUUGGAAGGAACACAUAUUUGUUUACAUUAUAAUUAGGGAAUCUCUUGAUUCUGAUGAGGAUUUUGUGUUUUGAAUAAUAUGUUGAAGUGUAAUCCUGGUUCCUUUUCUUUUUUUUUGUUUUGUCAAAAAAAUAAAUAAAAAGCAAACAGAUUUGGAAAA